AUGAAGUUCCUCGGGAAGCCCAGGAGCCGGACAGCUGCCUCUCUGCCUCUUUGCUUGAUCUUUUUGAAGAUCCUGCAACCAGGGCACAGCCACCUUUACAGCAACCGCUACGCCGGUGAUAAGGUGAUAAGACUUGUCCCCAGUACCGAAGAGGAAGUGUACGCAUUGAAGAAAAUAAGCCGCCGGCUUAAGGUGGACCUGUGGCAGCCCAGCAGUAUCUCCUAUGUCUCAGAGGGAACAGUCACUGAUGUCCAUAUUCCCCACAAUGGUUCCCGCGCCUUGCUAGCCUUUUUACAGGAAGCCAACAUCCCAUACAAGAUCCUCAUAGAAGAUCUUCAGAAAGUACUGGAAAAGGGAAGCAGUUCGCAAGCUCAGAGAAAUCGAAGAUCCCUCUCUGAAUAUAAUUAUGAAGUUUAUCACUCCUUAGAAGACAUUCAAAAUUGGAUGCAUCAUCUGAAUAAUACUCAUUCAGACCUCAUUCACAUGUUCUCUAUUGGAAAAUCAUAUGAGGGAAGAUCUCUCCUUGUUUUAAAGCUGGGCAGGCGAUCCCGAGCUUACAAACGAGCUGUCUGGAUAGACUGUGGUAUUCAUGCAAGAGAAUGGAUUGGUCCUGCCUUUUGUCAGUGGUUUGUAAAAGAAGCUCUUCUAACAUACAGGAGUGACCCAACCAUGAGAAAAAUGAUGAAUCACCUGUAUUUUUAUAUCAUGCCUGUGUUUAAUGUUGAUGGAUACCAUUUCAGCUGGACCAAUGAUCGAUUUUGGAGGAAAACAAGGUCAAGGAACUCAAGGUUUCGCUGCCGUGGAGUGGAUGCCAAUCGUAACUGGAAAGUGAAAUGGUGUGAUGAAGGAGCUUCCAUGCACCCUUGUGAUGACACAUACUGCGGACCUUUCCCGGAAUCUGAGCCUGAAGUGAAAGCUGUCGCUAACUUUCUUCGAAAACACAAGAAGCACAUUAGGGCUUACCUCUCCUUUCAUGCAUAUGCUCAGAUGUUGCUGUAUCCCUAUUCUUACAAAUAUGCAACAAUCCCCAAUUUUAGCUGCGUGGAAUCUGCAGCUUACAAAGCUGUGAAUGCACUUCAAUCAGCAUAUGGGAUACGAUAUAGAUAUGGACCUGCCUCCAGCACCUUGUAUGUGAGUUCUGGUAGCUCAAUGGAUUGGGCCUACAAAAAUGGAAUACCCUACACGUUUGCUUUUGAACUGCGUGACACUGGGCAUUUUGGGUUUUUACUCCCGGAGGUGCUCAUCAAGCCCACCUGUACAGAGACCAUGCUGGCCGUGAAAAACAUCGCCAUGCACCUGCUGAAGAAGUGUCCCUGAGACGGGCCGAGGGUCAGGUCAACCGCCAGCGAGACAGCUGACUCUGCCCAGGAGCUGCUGGGCAGUGGAUGAAAACUGUUCUUAAAGAGAGAGGCAACUGUAUGAAGUGAGCAUAUCUGUGGACUUUUAAAGGAACCUCUCAUGCAAUUCAACUCU